UUCAAGCUAUUUUUUGUCAAUUUUCAACUUAUUCAGUUUAGAAAUGCCUCGCCGAAACUCAACAAAAAGUGCUGCACAACCGUCCGAAGAAACGCCAGCCGGAGAAGAGAAACCUCUGCCGAUGUGUCCUGAGGAAUCUGCAAAGGACACCACUGUACAAUCGUCCAGACCACGGCGAAAUAUUCGCAAAAACACUCUAUACGACAACGAGAACUAUGAGCUUGUGAAUUCAGCGCCUGCUGCACCUCCCGAACGGACUCCAUCAGUUUCAAGAACUCCAAAUAGGACCAGUGCUGUUUCAGAGGUAUCUACUGGAACCGAUAAAAACUCAACUGCUAUGAUGCCUGAUAUGCUGAAAGGAGCGAAAAGAAGAAAGAUUCCUCCUCAUGUUGCUGAAAUGAUGGAGACACCAGUUGCACAUAGGGCGAACUCAAAUCAAACUCCAAAAUUCGAUGAUCAGUUGAUGACUGAUGGAGCCAACCUGGAAGUUGCAAUGGAAUUUGAGGUUCCUCACAAUGACGAAGGACCUCCAGUGCUCGGGCCAUCUACUGUUUUUGAAACUGAACCUGAAAGUUACAGGGAAAGCGACGAAGACUAUAGUGUUAAUGACUUUGCUCACCCUCCAGAUCUUGAAAGGCACCCAUUGAGCAAGCGAAGAGGACGUCCACGUCGACCACAAGAGCAGCUGGAGACCAAUGUUAAAUUGAAACUGACCCGUCCAGCUUCAAAAGCUCAGCGAGCCCCACCAACUGAGCCAGUUGCUGCUAGAACCGCCACUGCUAAUCAAAGGCAUAUUAAGCUAUUUGAGGAAGAGUUGGAUACAACCCCCGGCGGAGAGUCCUAUGCAACCGUGGUGAAUGGGUGCCUGACUGAGCUGCUGAGAAAGGAGCGGAUUAUUGAUCUCCUCACAAACCCGGACGAAAUUGAGUUGAUAAAGCAAGCAGGAUGGUUUCUUCCAAGACCACCACGUCUUCCUCCACUUGUCACCGACAAAGUAUGCUUCGCAUUCUACGUGGAUGGUAGUCAGCAGAAAAAUGCUAAAGAUCUCUCCAACGAUGACCUCCGUCCGUGGAGUGUGACAAAUGAUCAUCAGAACACGACUGGCGGCCCAAACACAAUCAAGCCAAAUGUUCGAAGACACCCGGUGGCUCGACUCAAUGGCGAGCUGAAGACAGUCAAGCAUGAGACACGUCUCGCUGAGUAUCACUUAACGGAGUACAGCGCUAGAUUACCUCGGGAGCAGAGACUGAGAAAAAAGAUUUUCUACCUGACCCGUGACAAUCAAAUCUUUGGAAAUGUGCUUAUUCUGUAUGAUUAUGUGAAUCCAGGAAAUGCCCCAAUCCCAGUAUGCCUUCCUCAUGGCAAUGAUCAUCUGCGAAGAGCAGUCACAGAUGAUCAAGAUGGAUUUGACAAUGAUUUGCCGUUUGAGCCGCAACGCAUAGAAGGAACCCGUGGAGCUGGAGUCUACCUCAGGUUGCGUCCGAACAAAUUGGGAUGGGCUCAGAACAAGAAAAACUUGCUGGAUUAUUUAUUCAAUAAAGUUGACAUUCUGGAUGAACUUGGCGCUCUAAACAAUCGCCUCCCAGAUCUUCCGCCACUGAUUGAGACGGUCGGAGUCUUUGCAUAUUUUGUUCCGGCCUGUCAUGUUGUCAACCAAAUUCACCACGCUGCUGAUGGCUUAUCUCCAUGGACCACUAAUCCAGGCGCUGGCGAAGGAACACCGACAGUGCGUGUGCGGUCAACAAAGAAGAACUUGAUAUUGGACGAAGCUCACAAUCACUUUAUGGUAUCAAGAGACCAGAAAACUCCAUCCGACUAUAUUCUCGUAGAGACAAUGUCGACACUUGCCAGAUGCAAAAGAGUGAGAAAGAGGGUUUUCUAUAUCCAACAAGCCGGCGCUGUUAUUCAUGGAAAUGUCUGCUACACGUAUGAGUUUGUUUACGACGGUCCGUUGCCAACCUUCUACCCACCAUUGGACGCGAAGAGUUACAGUAGAUGGUCAGGAGGAUCACCACUGAAAAAGCCGGUCAAUUCAAUGGACAUGCACUCUCACAUGAUGGUAGAGCAGGAUUCAUAUGAUAUGAUUCCUGUUGACGAUGACGGAAUCGUUGAUGUCGUUGACGUUCACAAGGAAAUGCUCGUUCAGCAGGAGGAUGAUCAGAUGGAGAACCUUCUAACGUAUCCCGAUACGCUGAACAACGGAUUUGAUCCAGAAUUCAAUGAUGAUCCGAUUGAUAAAGCCGAGAAUCCGAAUGCAUACUAUGAUGAGCCCCGUGUUUUGUCAACGGGUCACGUAUACUUGACUGUUCGUCAUAAAAAGUUGGUUACCGUCAUGGAUCAUGUUCUCGAAUGGAUUGCAAAUUCGAACAUUGUUGAGGAGCGUGGUGUCCUGAACGACACGAAACCGUCUCACCCACCAUUGGUCACCAACUCUAGGGCCUACGCCUUUUUUGUAGCCGGUACUGCCAUAUUCCCCCAUGACAUUAAUCGCGACGACUUCUCACCAUGGUCUCGCAACGGAACGCCUGAUCAGCCGACCUGCUAUCGUACAAAAGUUCGAAAGCUUGGAGUGAUUUGCGAUCCUCAAAAUUCAACGUUUUUGCUGAAAGAAAAUACCAACUACAAAACUUGUCCAUUCCAUCUCGUCUACUUGUAUUCGAUUAAUCCAAAGGAGCCUAGACUGCGAAAAAAGAUCUACUACCUGAUGGAAACCCAAUCAAAAAUGGUUGUCAGUCAUGCAUUGAUUAUGUACGACUACAACCAUGAAGGCAACAUCCCACGUCUCAACGCUGGCCAAUACAAGCCACUCACUAAGAGGAGUUACGCUAGAACCAAUCAUAUGCAGCAUGAUUUGAUGAAUGAUGUCUCGGAAGGCGAAGAGAGCAGAGAUUGCCCAUUCAUAUUGCCUGCAGAGACUGCUGCUGAUGGGACGUUUUACCUACAGCUCGAUGACUUGGAAUUCUGGAAUGACCGGAACCGACAGAUUCAGUACUUGGUCAAUCAAUCUGAUUUGGUUGAACAACUCGGAUGCCUCAACACAAAAGUUCCCGAUCUUCCACCAUCGAUAACUGGAAAAGGAACAUUUGUCUUUUUUGUGAACGGAGAAGAAGUCAACUUUAGAUCAUUGACCACAGAUAAACUGACUCCGUGGUCAGAAAACACUUGCUCUAAUCCUCAUGGAAUAACCAAAAGGCCGAAAUCAUCAAAAACUCCGCUCGGAUUCAAUCGUCACAAUCAACUGCGAGUCUGCAAGGGGAAUGCUCUGGCCGUGGAUCCGAUUGAAUUCCAGUUGCACAUUUACACUGCAACAUUGCCCCGCUGCACACGGCUUCGCAAAAAAGUUGUCUAUGUGCAACGAGACGGAAACCAGUAUGGACACGGUUUGAUCAUGUACAGCUACACUGAGCCCGGAGCUGUGCCACAGCCAAUUCAGAAGACUAUUCAACCUUCGACUGAUGAAUGGUUCAGCAGCCUUCCAUCAAACAUCAGAGAGGAUGUGUUCCAUUUGCUGAAAACUGCCCCAGUAAAUGAAACAGCGAAGAUAAUUCAUCAGGAACAUGGAAUUCAUAUUAGUCCAAAUAUGUUGUUCAGUCUCAAACGGCGAGAACUUUCUGGUUCUCAUGCUGACAACGACACUUUUGUCACUGAAUGGACCGGAGCUGAUGGUGCAGGACCAUCGACAUCGGCUAAAACUGAGACUGUGGAAGAGGUGGUGAUUGAAGAGCAAAUUCCAAAAACAAUCAUGGGUCACGAAAUGAUGAUUGGAGGAGACAUGAUUGUCGAGCACAUUGAAGAAGUUGGAGACGUCUAUGGGCAAUCAAUGAUGAGAAGAAAUCCAUUUUUGGAGAAAAGCGUGACUACUGCUGGAUUUGUUCGUGGAUCUCAGCGAUAUGAUGCUCUUUGGCGAAUUGCGCAAAAACAGUUUGGUUCGGAGUGCAUUGAUGACACUUUUGACAGCUUGUUCCGACUAUUAUACGAAAAGAACGAGCAGCGCUUGCUCCAAAUGAUCAAUGAGACAUUCCACGUGGACAUUUUCUCUGGCGACCAAGAGAUUGUGGAGGAAGGUGUCGAAUACAUGCAAGAAGAACUUGUUGUGCAUCCUGGUAAUCAUCUUGUCGGACACGAGGAACUGGGAAGACACGAGGAACACAUUGAACAUCCUGAAGUACAAGGCCAUUUGGAACAUGAAGUUAUUGAAGCCCCAGAAGAUCCUAUGGUUUAAAAUUAUGAUUAACUGGAACAGACAUUGUUCGAAAAAUCAUAUAACUGUAAAUUAAAUUGAUCUUAUAAUAUUGUUUUACCCUUUAAAAUCCGUGUUAUGUCAUAUCUAUCUAUUAUUCCGUUUUACACCAAAUGUUUUUUGCCACUAUAGAAUGACAAGGUGAUCUUUUUUCUGUUCUCAGCAAAUUGAAAAUCAAACAUAAUACACUGACACAGAUGAAGUUAUAAUAAUGCA